UCCAGGUCCUGCUCUUGCUGCCGCUGUCACGGCUGCUGUCGCCUGGGCACAGAAGCCACCGAGCUCGGCCGCGUCCCCGGGAGCCUAGGCACCAGCAGCGCCCGGGACGCCCCGAGAUUUCUCAAGGGAAGAGAAACUCUGCUGGUAGAAUUGAGAAGAGAGGCUGCUUCGUUCCUGCAUGUUUUGAUUCUAAUAUGGAUUUAGAGCUCAAAGAGUAUUAUAACAAGACAUUUGCCAUGGAGAACAAUACUGCUGUCACUCGGAAUUCCGAUUUCCCCGUCUGGGAUGACUACAGAAGCAGUGUAGAUGACUUACAGUAUUUCUUGAUUGGGCUCUAUACAUUAGUCAGUCUUCUUGGUUUUAUGGGGAAUCUACUCAUUUUAAUGGCUCUCAUGAAAAAGCGUAAUCAGAAGACUACAGUAAACUUUCUCAUAGGAAAUUUGGCCUUCUCUGACAUCUUGGUUGUGCUGUUUUGCUCACCUUUCACACUGACCUCUGUCUUGCUGGAUCAGUGGAUGUUUGGCAAAGUCAUGUGCCAUAUUAUGCCUUUCCUUCAAUGUGUGUCAGUUCUGGUUUCAACCUUAAUUUUAAUAUCAAUUGCCGUUGUCAGGUAUCAUAUGAUAAAGCAUCCUAUAUCUAAUAAUUUAACAGCAAAUCAUGGCUACUUCCUGAUAGCUACAGUCUGGACCCUAGGUUUUGCAAUUUGUUCUCCCCUUCCAGUGUUUCAUAGUCUUGUGGAACUUCAGGAAACAUUCGAUUCAGCAUUGCUGAGCAGCAGGUACUUAUGUGUUGAGUCCUGGCCAUCUGACUCAUAUAGAAUUGCUUUUACUAUCUCUUUAUUGCUAGUUCAGUAUAUUCUGCCUUUGGUUUGUCUAACUGUAAGUCAUACCAGUGUCUGCAGAAGUAUAAGCUGUGGUUUGUCCAACAAAGAAAGCCGACUAGAAGAAAAUGAGAUGAUCAACUUAACUCUUCAUCCAUCCAAAAGGAAUGGGAAUCAGAUGAAACUCUCCAGCAGUCAUAAGUGGAGUUAUUCAUUCAUCAGAAAACACAGAAGAAGAUACAGCAAGAAGACGGCAUGUGUGUUACCUGCUCCAGCAAGACCUUCCCAAGAGAACCCCUCAAGAACACUUCCAGAAAACUUUGGCUCUGCAAGAGGUCAGCUCUCUUCAUCCAGUAAAUUCAUACCGGGAGUCCCAACCUGCUUUGAGAUGAAACCUGAAGAAAACUCAGACGUUCAUGAAAUGAGAGUACAACGUUCCAUCACCAGAAUCAAAAAGAGAUCUCGAAGUGUUUUCUAUAGGCUGACCAUACUGAUAUUAGUGUUUGCUGUUAGCUGGAUGCCCCUGCAUCUUUUCCAUGUGGUAACUGAUUUCAAUGAUAACCUGAUUUCAAAUAGGCAUUUCAAGCUGGUGUAUUGCAUCUGUCAUCUGUUAGGCAUGAUGUCCUGUUGUCUUAAUCCAAUUCUCUAUGGAUUUCUUAAUAAUGGGAUCAAAGCUGACUUAAGGUCCCUUAUACACUGUCUUCAUAUGUCAUAAAUCUCACAGUUUACCAAGGAAAGAACAAAUGUUGAGAUCAUCUAAAAGAUCAUUUAUAUUUUCAUGAUAAUGAUGUAUUUAUAAUAAAUUUUGAUAAUAUAUGGAAUCUAAUUUACAUUAAAGAGCUCUGGAUUUUAAUGUCCAUUUGUAAUAUAUGGAAGAUCAUUUUAAUGUUUAUAACAUGGUUAAUCCAUUUAGUUGUACAGAGUCAGUGUCAAUCCCAACUGUAAUUUCAUUUUUUAGAAGUAGUUAUAUAAUAGUUAUAUUACCUU